CUGGCUUGAUAAUAUUUUAUCAUCCUUAGAUUAAAUCUCAACUAUAAAGUUAUGGAACUACCCUCAUAUUCACUUCUAGACAUUUUGAAUGAAAACCUAAAGAAGACUGGAAGGAAAAGUUACCUACAUCGGGUUGUCUACGUUUUUGACUACAACAAGUUGAACAUCGAUGGCAAAGAGAUAAACAUGGAGGAAGAAAUGAGAAACUUAAUGACUGGAUUGAACGAAGCAGAUGGCGAACCAGUGACAGGACUCUUGUUGUUGUACGACAAAUACGGAGUCAACAUGCUCGAGGGUUCCGAGGAGAGUAUUUUCCGCCAUUUUCAAGAGAUGGUGGACUCGCAUGUUAUUGGUCAAUGUGUACCAAGAAUCAAGAUCUUACUUUUUGUCACUCAUAUUGCACAGAGGAUUCUCUCGUAUUGGUCAAUUUUUAAAGCACAACCACAAACCCUGCUGGAACGUCUCGACGUUUCCAAUGUGGAGGAAACCAGUCGUAGAAUCAAGAUGAUUGUAGUCAAACUUUACAAUCUGUGGAACCACCUGCGAUUCCAUACUAUGGGAGCGAUGAGGCAGAUGACUAUGGACCACUUGACUGACCGAAUGACUACGAACCUUCCGGAGACAGCUCGGCUGGAGUUUGUCCUGAGCACUCCGGCACUCAAGGAUCUGCGGAUGUUUGUAGAGACGCAUCGAACUGUGCAACAACCCCGGAUGUACCAGGAAACAGUAUGGCCUCCUGCAAAAGAGUUUAUACCUUUUACAAUCUUCAAACCUGAAAAUUAUCGAUUGAAAACUAGUACUGAAUCAAGGACGACUUCAAAAGAGAAUUAAACUUCGUUAACUUUGCUUUUUGGUUAAUUAAUAAGUUUGUAAAGAUUUUCUGGGUAUUCAAGAAAAAAAGAUUGUCAAGCAACGUCCAAUGUAUGCAUACUUUUUAAAACUAAAAUUUAAUAAAAUAAAACUCAACUUAAUUUUUACAGUAUUUUUAUAUUCAUAAAACCAUAAAACACACGAUUACUAGAAAAAUACCGGUAUGGAUCA